ACUGCGCGUGGCUCUCCGGAUUGGCUUUGUGAUUUUUGCCUCGAUUAUGAUUUUCCUGCUGCCGCACUGCCCAGUGCCGUUACGAGCUGCUGGGAGAUAUGCGACUGGGCAUGUGUCCUAAUCUCGGGUUGAGACAGUCAUGGCUUUCAUCUGUAUAUCUCCUAGGAGAUAGAGUCAUUGCUCUGGCAUGGGGGAUUGUUUGCCAGGUGCAUCAUUAUACUGCGGUACUCAUGCUUCGGAGAUGUGAUUCCAACCGUGGUCUAUAUAUGAAGUGCAAUUUUCUCCUCCUAGUCUGGACUAAAUCUGCCUCCCUUGUCCUAGAACACAGGAAAACAUCCGGACCCAUAGCACCGUCGUCUAGCCUAGCGGUCCGUUGGUCUAUUCUCUUUUUCGCACCCAGGUGGUGUUUCCUAUUGCGGUGCCCUCGAGCUCAAUCUAUAGUCCUAUAACUCUUCUUGUGUCUUGUACUUCAGUUUCUAUUCCUAAACCAUCACUCAGACACCUUCGUACACGGUGUGACUGACCAUGGACUUCAUCAAACUUCU